AUGUCGCGGUUCGUGCGCAGCGCCCUUCGGCACACGCGCCGGGCGGGGAGUCGCGGGCGGUGCACCACCGUGGCGGUCGACACGUCAGGCCUGCUCGGCCGGCGCGCCGGCCCGCACCACCACCACCAGCACGCUGGCCUCCUGCGGGAGCUCGCGAGCCGCAUCCGCUUCCGCGGCCCGCUCACGGUCGCCGAGUACAUGGGCCUCGCGCUCACGCACCCGGAGCACGGCUACUACAUGCGGCGCGACGCCUUUGGGCGCGCGGGCGACUUCACCACGUCGCCCGAGGUCUGCCAGGCCUUUGGCGAGCUGGUCGGGGUGUGGUGCGUCGCGGCGUGGGAGGCGCUGGGCAGGCCCGCGCGGGUGCGGCUGGCCGAGGCGGGGCCCGGCCGGGGCACCCUGAUGGCGGACCUGCUGCGCGCGUCCGCCGCCUUCCCCGCCUUCCGCGAGGCGGUGUGCGGCGUGCACCUGCUCGAGGUGUCGCCCUUCAACCGCGCGUCGCAGCGCAGCGCUCUCGAGCCCCUCGUGGCGGCCGGGCAGCUGCACUGGCACGCCGCCGUCUCGGAGUUGCCGCAGGAGCCCGUCCUGCUGGUCGCGCACGAGUUCCUCGACGCGCUGCCCGUGCACCAGUUUGUGAGGACUCGGGUCGGCUGGCGCGAAAAGCUGGCGGACUUGGACGCCGACCCGCGACACCUCGAUUUUGUCCUCUCGCCGUCGCCCACCCCCGCCUCGACCCUGCUGACCAAGGCGGCGCCGCCGCGCUGCCCGCCGGCCCCGCCGCAGGAGCUGCCGGCGCACGCAGACGCCGCAGAGGUGUCGCCGGCGGCGCUCUCCUUCGUGCAGGGGCUGAGCAGCCACCUCGCCGCGGCCGGCGGCGCCGCGCUGCUCAUCGACUACGGCUCCGACGCGCCGCCGAGCGACUCGCUCCGCGGCAUCCGCGGCCACCGCUUCGUCCACCCGCUGCACGCGCCCGGCGAGGCGGACCUGUCGGUCGACGUCGACUUUCGGGCGGUGCGCGCCGCCGCCACCGCCACCGACGCCGCGCUCGUCUGCCCGCCCCUGGUCGAGCAGCGCCACUUCCUCGCGGCGAUGGGGCUCGAGGCGCGGGUCAACGCGCUCCUGCGCGCGGCCCCGAGCGACGAGGUUCGCCAGGCCUUGUUUGACGGGGCAACGCGGCUGGUCGAGAGCCCCGGCAUGGGCUCGGCGUACAAGGCACUCGCGAUCGCGCACCCGAGCAUGGGCGGCGGCAUUCCGGGCUUUGGGACAGCCUAG